AUGGGUAUCUUCGAACGACGGAUUCUGGAGAUUUCGAAUUCUCCGAAAGAAGCGCAGGCGAUAGCGACCAACGUGUUGUCUCAAGUGCAUCAUGUAUCCAGAACGAAACGGGGACAAGCGAUCGGUUCCGUUCGAGGAUUUCGUGGAUGCACAAUUUGGAUGACGGGACUUUCAGGUGCCGGAAAGACUUCUAUCUCUUUUCAACUUGAGGAAUAUCUCGUUUCUCAGGGAAUUCCCGCGUACAGCUUGGAUGGUGACAACUUGCGCACAGGUCUGAAUCGUAAUCUUGGCUUCAGCAAAGAAGAUCGCGAGGAGAACGUGCGUCGCGUUGCUGAGGUCGCGAGACUUUUCGCAGACGCCGGCAUCAUUGCCCUCUGCAGCUUCGUCUCGCCGUUCGCGGCAGACCGAAAAAUGGCACGAGAAAUUCACGAGAACGCCAAUCUGCCCUUCUUCGAGAUAUUCAUCGACGCAUCCCUUCAGAUCUGCGAGGCCCGUGACGUCAAAGGCCUCUAUAAGAAAGCACGUCAGGGUAUCAUUAAGGGUUUCACCGGUAUCGAUCAAAAUUAUGAUGUACCUAUCGAACCUGAUCUCACUGUCGACACAGAGAACACGACUGUUCAACAAUCCACUGAUAUCGUUAUCAAUUUUCUUCAACGCAAACAAAUCAUACCAAAGAUAUGCGAACUUGAGCCCUUUCUAGAAUUAUUCGUAAAAGAGGAUAGAUUGAAUGAUGUCCAGAAGGAAAUAAAGGCUCUUCCAAUUUUGGAAAUCAGAAAAUUAGAUGUGCAAUGGUUACAAGUUCUCGCUGAAGGAUGGGCAGCGCCUUUGAAAGGAUUUAUGAGGGAAAACGAAUAUCUUCAAGUGCUGCAUUUUAACUGCUUGUACGAGAACGACGUUUCGAUCAACCAAUCGAUACCUAUUGUUCUCGCUGUGAGCACCUCUGAUAAAGAACGCUGUUUCGAUGCGACCGCGCUCGUACUUAGAUAUCAGGACAAGGACAUCGCCGUCUUACGCAAUCCGGAAUUUUAUCUCCACCGCAAAGAAGAACGUUGCUGCCGUCAAUUCGGCACAAAUGAUCCCAGGCAUCCUUAUGUUAAAUUAAUCCGAGACUCUGGCGACUGGUUGGUCGGCGGGGAUUUGGAAGUGCUCGAAAGAAUUAAAUGGAAUGACGGGCUGGAUCAUUACAGACUGACGCCUAACGAGAUCAGAACUAAAUGCAGGGAAAUUGGCGCCGAUGCGGUUUUUGCUUUUCAACUGCGAAAUCCUGUUCACAACGGACACGCGUUACUUAUGCAGGAUACUAGACGACGUCUCGAAGAAUAUAGCUUCAAAAAACCAGUUCUUCUCCUUCAUCCUUUAGGCGGAUGGACUAAAGACGACGAUGUUCCUCUACCUGUUAGGAUACAACAACAUCAGGCUAUCCUCGAAGAAAAUGUCUUACAUAAGGAUACUAUUCUCGCUAUUUUUCCUAGCCCUAUGUGUUACGCCGGUCCCUCAGAAGUGCAAUGGCAUGCCAAAGCUCGCAUGAUCGCAGGAGCAAAUUUUUACAUUGUCGGACGUGAUCCCGCUGGCAUUCCUCAUCCUGAUAAAUCCGUCACACCAGACGGCAAUCUUUACGAUGCCACUCAUGGUGCACGUGUCCUUUCAAUGGCACCAGGUUUACAAAGUCUCGAAAUUAUUCCUUUUAAAGUAGCUGCUUACGAUACUAAAACGAAGAAAAUGUCUUUCUUCGAAGCUGAACGGCAACAAGACUUCGUUUUUAUUUCUGGCACCAAAAUGCGCAAUUUGGCAAAAAAUGGUGAAGAUCCUCCCGAAGGUUUUAUGGCACCAAAAGCAUGGAGAAUUAUCGCAAAAUAUUAUCAAACUACACACACAUACAGUCAAGAAACGAAUAAAUAAAUAGUAUUUAUGUU